AAAAUGGCUGCUGUCACUGGGAAUUUGGCCCGAAAGUUAUCAAAUGUAGGGGGGAAAAGCAGAUCAUCUUUAAAAAAUAUUUAUGGAGACGGUGGUGAAACCAUCAUAACAAAACUUAACAAAAACAGAGCGAAAUACGAAUUUAAAAAGAAACCGCUAGCUUGUGCUUACGCUGAAGGAAAGAGUUAUCCAAAAUGUGAACUACGUGAAUCAGAAACUAGUGUAUAUUUUGAAUUUAAAAAUCUACGUAAGGAUCUUCCCGUUGUUGAUGAAAAUUUAAUAUCAAUAGUAUUUAAAAACGAUUCUUUGGAAAGUAAUUUACUGCUUUUAUUAAAAGAUUGUUUACAAGAUGGACAUCCAUUGCUCACAGUCAUUAAAUUUGAAUUUUGCAAUUUGCAAGCGAAACAUAUAGAACAAAUUGCAGAGCUACUGACAGUAUUUUUUAUUAAUGUGAAGGAAGUAAGUGUCAACGGAAAUCCGAUUCCCGAACAAAAUUUUUAUUUACUAUUGAAGCAGGAACUGACCUCCUUAUCUCUGAAAUAUUGCAGUAUAAAUAUCGACGGAAUGAAACAGAUUUCAGAGGAAUUAUAUAAACCAUAUGUAAAUCCCCUACUGCAUUUAAACUUGGCUACCAACGCCCUCUAUGAUGAAAGUUUAUAUUACGUGGCGAGAAUACUAAGAAUGAAUAGAAAAUUAAAAUCGCUGAAUUUGGCUGACAAUAAAAUCACUGAAAGGGGUAUUCGAUUAUUAUUAGAACCAUUACAGAAAUUUGAACUUAAUGAAGAUGAGCUAAUAGAACGAAGAAAAAUUAGAUUUGAGUAUCACAAAAAAAUGAUUGACGUCUAUUGUGCCACCAAAUCAGACCAAUCAGAUCUAUCCAUUACUUGUUCGGCAAGAAAAAUAAGAUCAAGACGUAGAAAUAAAUUUUUCGAGAGGCGUAUUCAUCACAAAGUAGGACAUCGGCCUUCAGUACCUUCGUAUGAACAAGAAAAUAACUUGACUUCGAGAACCAGUAUUCCUGAGUUGCCGCACCAUCCAGCCUUACAAGACAGUGUAGAAGAAUCGACAAGUAUAUUUUGCUAUGGAAAUAACAUUUUAACCAAUCUAAAUCUAUCAUACAACAAAAUAAGACAAGAAGCUCUACCAUUAAUUCUUCAGAUGAUAAGUUAUCAGAACGACUUAUACAGUGGCAAACCUGAACCUGCGCACAUAGGUAUUACACGUCUUUCUCUUCAAGGGAAUCGUUUGAGUGAAACAGACAUUAUUGAAGUAGAAACUGCGUUAUCGAGAAAGUACCAACUUACAACUGGAAGUAUAGAUACCAUGACGGUGUUACAACGAAGGAGAUGAACUUGCACAAAGUGUUUGUAUAUGGAACUUUAAAAAGAAAUGAACCCAAUCAUUCUUGGUUUGCCAAAAAUGCUGAGGGAUAUUACAAAUACAUUGGUGAUGCUAAGACAGUUGAAAAAUUGCCGUUAAUUAUAGCUACAAAA